GCGUAUAAAAGGGUGUUCAGCUUCCACUUGGUAUUAGUGUCUUUCAGGGACCUCCAGCGUAAUGAUGACCCGCGCGUGCACCGUCCUCCUGCUGGCGGCGACGGCCUCCCUGGCGCUCGCUGGGCCCUUGGCGAUGCCCUUCCCUGAGGCUGAGGCUAAGACAAGUCCGACCAAGUACGGCUUGAGCUUCGGCGGCGUCGGGAAAUAUGCUAAUGGAGGUGGGCAUGGUGGGCACGGAGACCACGGCCAUGGCGCGCACGGUGGAUAUGUAGGCCAUGGCUAUUACGAUUUCUAUGGAGGACUUGACAAAUUUGGAGGCUAUGGGUUAUUUGACAAGUUUGGUGGGUAUGGGGGCCAAGGUAAAUAUGGUGGGCAUGGGUUAUUUGACAAGUUUGGCGGGUAUGAGGGCCUUGGUAAAUACGGCGGCCACGGAUUAUCUGACAAGUUUGGCGGGUAUGGGGGCCUUGGUAAAUACGGCGGCCACGGAUUAUCUGACAAGUUUGGCGGCCACGGUCUGCUAGGAUUCUACCCGUUUUUGGGAUAUUACCCGUUCUACGGAUGAACGAGAGGAAGAGACUGGGAAUCCUUUGGAAGAAGAAGAAAAAAAAACAUCGUGUGAGUGAUAAUCGGCGAUAAUCUUCUCGGUGUUACGUUUCUGAAAUACUCCUGAAGCUACGAGAUUUCACGAUGAUAAAUCUAAAAUAAAUCAUUAAAAAACAAAAUAAAUCAUAUAUCUUUUUA